GUGCCACCACCAACCAUUUGACGACGGAUCACCUUUAUAAUACUGCUGCGUACUUUAUCAUAAAAAAGCCAGUCAGUUGGUUGCAUCUAUUAAACCAAACCAGUCCGUAUUGCCUUCAGUCAGUCAUAUUAUUAACCUUCAUUCGACCAACAUGCUUACUACUACAUGCGAGAGAGUGAUAGUAUAAGUUAAAAUGCAACAUACAUAGAAAUAAUUAGGGUAGAAAUGUGUAGUAGAACGAAUGUGAGAAAGAAUAACAAUGCUCUUGCUCGUCAUGUUUGGGGAGUUUACCAUCUUUCUACCGAGAGAGUUUGUUGUAUAGUGUGGGCGCAAUAAUCUACUGUUAUUUCAAAGUGACCCUGCUACUGCAAAGCUGCUGAAGGUCACUCCUUAUUUCCACAAACAGCAUGUAUAUAGAAGCAUCAUCCACUUAAUUGACCGACUACCGACAUAACUCAUAAUAGUUGCCUUCUGAAGGCAGCCUUCACCAUUCGCAAUUUGUGUACAACAAGCAACAGUGGCCACGUCAAAGCACGAUUAUAAAUUAUAAUAACUAAAGUCAAUAGCCACCACUCAGUCAAAUAAUUAAACUAUAUAUAUAGUAUAUACAUAUAACUUAAAAGUUAGUGCAACUCUUUACCGUCCAUACAUACAUUGUCCUUAUCAAAUUGCAACAAAUACUACACUACACACUACAGCCUUAUCCGAAGAUACAAGUAUUUUUAAGAGUGAUUCAUUCGAUGUUAUUAGGAUAUGUUCAAUUAGCUUCCUAAUCGUUAUACCAGUUAGAUGAUUGCAGGAGUAAAAGUGAAAUCCUCAUUAAAACUCAAUCGAGAGAUUAUUUUCAAUUUGAACAAGGUGCAGAUCGAGUAAAAAUGGGUGAAGAAUUUGAGCCCGACCAACUGGUCGAAUUUUGUCAACGUCUUGGACUCGCGAAUGAUGGCUACCUGGACGAAAAGGAAUUGGCCAUUGUGUGCAACUGCAUUGGACUUCAGGCACCAGAAGAGAUGUUGAAGGAACUGUUUGAAACUUUGGAUACGGACAAAGACGGUCGUGUCUGUCUGGAUGAGCUGAGUCAAAUGCUGAGAGGUAUGCCCAAGAAUCCUGCGUCCCCGGAAAAGCAUAAGAAACCCAAUGAUUCCACCACCGCGACCACGGGCAACGGCGGGCCUUCGUCAUCAUCGCGUCCAGUAGAUUUUUCAUCCAAUGUGUCCAUAGCGAACGGUGAUAGAGCCUCUUUUUCAAUUUUGGACCCCAACUGUUCUGGUUUCACGACAAGUGGUUUGGUGCUUGACAUGUGGUCACAGUGGGGAAUAGGACCAACCGAGGGUUUGUCGAUAUUGAAAGACCUCGGAUUUCCUGUCUCCUCUAAAACCUGCUCCAUCAAUGUCUACGACCUCACGAAAGCACUGGAAGAGGAAACCGACAGCGCCAAAGAUGCAUUGUCACCAGUCAUUCAAACAGCUUUGCUCACCUACAAGACGGAAACGCAAUAUUUACGAUCCAUCUGUGAGAGCAUGGAAGGUGAGCGUGACAAGUUGCGUUCCGAUAUAUUCGAAGCGCACCAACGAUCAUCUUUGCUCGCACAGGAAGUGGACGAACAAAAUGCCCGUCUGGAGAAGAACGGUCAGAUCCUUCUGCAGAAAAUGGAAGCCAAAUAUGCCGAACAGUUGCACGAGUUACAAGUAAAGUUUGGCAGUGAAAAGGAGUCCUUGCAACAAGCUCUUUAUCUUGCCGAGUCACAGCUCAAAUCAUUGGCAGGGGACGACUCAAAGUUAAAAGGCCAUAUUACAAAACUAAACAAUGAGAAUUCUGCUCUGGAAAGAGAACUUCAAACUCUAAAUAAAGAGAUUCGAAACUUGAACAAGGCAAAAACGAAUUUGGAGGCGGACAUUUCUAGAUAUGUCGACCUGGAAAAUAAGUUACUCGAGAUUGAACGGCGUAGUUCAGAAACAACAGCCAUCAAUGAGGCCAAACUACGCGAGGCCCACGAGGAGGUGACUCUACUACGCGAUCAGAAUGAUGAAUUAUCCGCCCACGUUGAGACCAUGCGAGAGAAAGUGAAGACCUUGAAGGCAUUUCACGAGAAAGCACGCUCUACGAACAAGAGAAGGAAGGGUUCGGCCAGUGCGAGCGGAAGUAAAUCAUUAUCUCUUGAAGUUGAUGAUCGAGGAGGUGGUGGCGGACUGGAUGAUACGGACAAUGAAUAUCCACUUGAGAAAAAAAUGGGCAAAUUUCACCUCCACCUCGGUCCGGGUUGUGGAGAUGUCACAAUGUUAUCGUCUGAUGAAGUGGAAGAGUUGGAGACAUCGCUAGCCAACUCUUGUGGUGCCAGUGAACCAGAUUCUGGCAAUUUUCCAGCACUUCGUGCCAUCAAUUUGUCGGCCUGUCUGGGUGAAACGUCCACCGACUCUCCAGUCACAUCUAUCAUGCCUCCAGACGAUUACGGCAGCAACACGACGUUAGAACGAGAGCUGGAGACUGUUCAGCGCAAGAUUGACAGCACUAUACUCGUGGAGAAUAAAAAGUUCCACUCUUUGAAGCAUGAAAUUGACAAUUCGGCAAGUAGUGAAAAAUUUGGUAGGGAGGCUGUCGAAGUUGCAACACAAACGAUGAAUACCGAUGAUCAUUCUAAGGAUGACGUGGACAUGGAAGAUAUGACCAAGGACGGAGGACUGGCCCAACUCACCUCCAGAAUAGCACAACUCGAGAGUGACGCUAUCAUCAUGGAUAAGGAGCGUCGUGACCUGCGGGACACGUGCACUGACUUGGAAUUGAGCCUGGACCUGUUGAGGGAAGAGUACGAAAAGUGUGAGGAUUACUGGCACGACAAACUGACGGAAGCUCGCGAGAUUUACGAAAGUGACAAGUCCGCCAUGGACGAAAAAUUUCAGGACCUUCUCACCAAAAUCAAAGAGUACGAGGAAACUUUCAUAAACAGUUCCUCCAUCUCAAACUACCAGCCCAUGCGUCUGCCUCCCAUUGAGGAGAGGGCGAAUUUGGAGCAGCAGGUAACAGAGCUGGAAGAUGAAUGCGAAGGCCUGCGGAGAGAGUUGAGGUCGCUGAAAGUGGAACAGGACUCGAUAAUUUCCAACUAUCAGCGCCAAUGGGAGAGUCGUGCCAUGGAGGAAUGCAGUCGAUUGGAACAGCAAGUGUCCGUCUUGACUAAAAAGUGUCACGAGUAUGAGAAUCGUCUGAGCUCCUUGGCUGAAGAAGAAAGAAGCACAUUGGACUCUUCUGGUCUUUUGGACAUGCUUCGUGAUCGCGUGAGACAGCUCGAGUUCCAAUUGAAACACCAAGAGGAUCAAUUCCGUACUCAGAUAUCUCAACUGGAGGAGAGAGAGAAGAAGGCUAAGAUGAGGGACAAGACAAGGAGAAGCUGUUCUCCACGAAUAGAGACCAAGAACUAUUCGAGUGCUAGCAACAUUAUGUCGUCCUCCCCACAACCGCCACAGUCACUUCCGGCCCAAAUGUGGAAUAGUAACAAUAACAACAACAACUCGCAGGAGGCAGUGGAUCUCAAUGGGACGAAUCUAUUGGGAUUACUUCAGAACCAAACGAAGAAGGAGGAGGUACAGGGAGAGGAGAAUAAGGACAAACUCAGCCCAUUUCAAAUUUGGCCGCAGCGACAUGCUCAUAAAGAGGAGGCUAUGGGCAACAGCAAAAGCGCGAGUCUCCCAUUCAUUCCUGUCCCUGUUGGAGAAGGAGGAGGGGAACAAUACCCCACUCAACAGAAUCUACCAUUCUCUACCCAUGUCUGGAACAAUCCAUCAUCCCAAUCAUACCAGCAACACCCAGUCUUUAGCGACCCUUGGACCCCACACACCCAAAAUGGGAUCAAUGGUCGCAAGGCAUGGUGUCACGUGGAGCUUGGCUGGCUGCAGGCUCUCCGGGCUCGUUUAAGACAACGGGAGAAUCAGUGUCACGCGCUUCAGAGGGCACUGAAAAUUAAAGAGAUUGAGACGGACAAAGUGAUUACGGAAAUGCGAUAUCAACGAGACACUGAGGCAGCCCAUUGGUCCCACAUGAUGCAAGCUAACCAGGAUCUGCUGUGUCAACAAGCCACCCAGUACAAGGAACAGGGGAGUAAGCUAGCCCAGUCCGAGCUGGUCAUGAAGAAUCUCUGGGUGGAAAAUGGAAAGCUCAGAACGGCGCUGAACUCAACUGAACAACGCGUCCUCCAAUUGGAAAAUCUGCUGAAAUACCACAUGAGCCUUCAAAAUCAGCAACUUCAGCCUCCUAAACCAGACAACCACUCCCCACGUAGCCUCCCCUUUAACCAUCAGCCCAAUUUCACUAUGUAGACUAGUUAAAUCCACAACUAUUUAUGAUUCUAGCAGCGAUUAAUUAGUGACUAAUUUAAAUUAGUUUAUUGUUGUGCGACCCUCUUGAAGACUAUUCUUCUUCUUUCGAGAAGGAAGCAGUCUGCCUACUCUAGAACCCUUGUUUUUUGUUUAGUUAAGUAUUAAAUAUAUAUCGACGAAUAUAUGAAAAAGUAACGAUUGUGAUAACUUGAGAACCAGGUAGUAGAUUAGACACAAGUCGAGAAACGUACAGUUACCAACCACUAAUAACUAGAUAGUACCACUACCAAACCUCACAUUUCAAAUACAUUACCACUGUUGGACCAAUUUCGAGGUCACACAAUGUUGUUACAUAUCAUUGUAUUUAGCAAAUUCCAAGCACUGAUCCUACGGAACUCUUUUGAUAAAUGUCUCAAGUAUGCAACCAGAACAAAGAAUUUCGUGUCAUGUACUGUCUGUAGGCUAAAAAGUAGAAAUAGACACCAUAAGCCAUAUCAUAAUAUAAUCAUAAAAUAUGAAUAACCAGGGUUAUUUUGUGACUGCAUUUCCACAUACUAAUACAGAAUCCGUCAUUUUCUCAUGUGCAACUAUAUGCAACGAUAUAUUUACUACACGUGUACAUAAGAAGAAUAUUUAUUGUGCCCUGCAUGAAAACGAUGUGCCUGAUUUGUUAUAAGUUCUAACAAGACUCAUUCUUAGAUAAUAUUGUGCUAAGAAAGAGAUGAAAUAUUUGCCUAAAAUUAUAUUAUUAUAUUGUAUUUAGAUGAUAAUGACGCGACACAGCUUGUGAACAAUGAUCAACUAAUCCAUCCACAAAGUCAGCCUUACUCGAAUUAUUCUAGUAAUAUUAAGAAAUUGUCAGACAAUUUGAGCAAUUACCACGUUUUAUUUUACCUCGUACAUAUCUCGUUCAUCGAGACGAACAAAAUGAUAAAAAAAUAAAACUUCUAUAAAAGUAA